UCUCGCUCUCCGCUGCGCCAGUCAGUCAGUCCGCCUCACUGACUCGCAGAACCAGUUGGUUUGGCCCAGCUUUCUUCUUCUUCUUCCCUGACUGCUCACUCUGAGGGUGCCUGCUGCUGCUGCUGCUGCUGCUGCUGUUGUUGCCUGGUGUCAACCUACGCCGACGAGAGAAGAAGACAUAUCCCUCCCUCUCCUCUGUUGGAGGGCCGCUUCUAAUUUGCCUUCACUUUCCUCCUCGCCGGCACCAUUGGCUUCCGUGCUGUGCCAGUCAACUCGCCUCCUUUUUCCCAGCCCCGAGUUGAGCAGCAGCAACAGCUCGGAAACAUCUGGCCGCCGCAGAGUGCUACACUCCCCGCACGUCCCCUCCGCCUCAGCAGCCUGUUAUGGAAAUUAGUCCAAAGUCAAUCUAGUUUUGUGUCGGACGGAGGAAGAAGAAGGAAGGGAGGUUUGACGGAGGCAGCGGGGAAGACGGUGGACCGUGUUGUCUAGAGAGCGAGCGAGGAAGAGAAAGAGCAAGAAAGAAAGAGAGAGAGAUACAGCCAUUCCCAGCCAGAGAGCCCAGCUAUUCUGCUACAGUGGAGUUAAUCAAGUUGAUGCAUACUGCUGCAGCAGGUUAUGAGGACGGCAGGAUGGAGUUCCCAGACCACAGCAGACAUUUACUUCAGUGUCUGAGUGAGCAGCGGCACCAGGGCUUCUUGUGUGACUCUACGGUGCUUGUGGGCGAUGCCCAGUUCCGGGCCCACCGUGCUGUGUUGGCCUCCUGCAGCAUGUACUUUCACCUCUUCUACAAGGACCAGCUGGACAAGAGAGACGUGGUGCACCUCAACAGUGACAUUGUCACCGCCCCAGCCUUUUCCCUGCUCCUGGAGUUCAUGUACGAGGGCAAGCUGCAGUUCCAGGACCUCCCCGUAGAGGAUGUGUUGGCCGCAGCCAGCUACCUGCACAUGUAUGACAUUGUCAAGGUGUGUAAGAAACGUUUGAAGCAAAAGGCCACGCACGAGGCAGACAGCACGCGCAGAGAGGAGGACGGAGGGUCCAGCUGCUCCGAUAAGGCCGACAGUCUAUCGGACGGUUCUCCGGGCCGGCCGGCCACAGCCGACUUGCUGCACAGCGACGAAGAUGAGGAGGCAAAGGCUGAGGGAGGACAGCUCUGGCUGAGGCUGCCAUCUGCGGACAGACCAGGGACACCAGCCAUGGCUACCUCCAGCCCAGGGCACGGCGAUGCGGAGAUACAGGGUGGGGAAAGGCUGAGUGAGGGAGGGAAGCUGCUCUCCCCGGCUGGCAGCCCCACCAGCUCCACCGGAUCCCACUCGCAGAGGUCUCAUCGUUCCGUAAGCUCACGUGGAGGACACCGGGGCAGGAGAGUGUCAAAUGAUGCAGCUGACUGCGUCCUGGAUCUGUCAGUCAAGCCAACUGCAGGUAGCAACCACAGUAACCACCAUCAGUCCUAUUUCAGCGGGGCAGCUACACCAGACAGCCUACAAAGCCCAUUGGCUGUGAGGGUAAAGGUGGAGAGGGGUGUGGCUUCGGAUGAAGAAGAGGAACUUGGAGGUGGGGACUAUGAGAUGGAGCACAGCGGCAUCACCAAGGCAACGAUCCCCAGCUCCAAUGGGGGCCUGACCCACCACGGGGUCGGAGGGCCUCUGUCAGCCCAGAGAAGGCUCGGCCUCGAGGCGCACCUAUCCGCUCUGCGAGAGGCUUCUCUAGCCUCCGAGCUGGAGCGGGAUGAGAAGCCUUCAGCCAACGCAGACGAUGAGGACAUACUGGGGGGCGACAAUGAGCGCUCACAGGCUGAGACGGCCAGCAUAGAUAGCGCCCUGCUGCCCUACGUCUCCAACAUGCUGUCAGCUCAGCACACCCAGAUCUUCAUGUGCCCGCUGUGUAACAAGGUUUUCCCCUCUCCACACAUCCUCCAGCUCCACCUCAGCUCCCACUUCAGGGAGCAGGAGGGCAUCCGCUCCAAGCCCGCUGGAGACGUCAAUGUGCCCACCUGCACCAUCUGCAGCAAGACCUUCUCCUGCAUGUACACGCUGAAGCGCCAUGAGCGGACACACUCCGGUGAGAAACCCUACACCUGCACCACCUGUGGCAAGAGCUUCCAAUACUCACACAACCUCAGUCGGCACGCAGUGGUACACACGCGUGAGAAGCCGCACGCUUGCAAGUGGUGCGAACGGCGUUUCACGCAGUCCGGGGACCUCUAUCGACACAUCCGCAAAUUCCACUGCGAACUGGUCAACUCGCUGUCAGUGAAGAGCGAACCGCUGGCACUGCCCAAUGUCAGGGAUUGGGCUAUCGAGGACAGCUCCCAGGAACUGUGGAAGUAGAAUCAGACUGUGGGAUUUGAUAAAGGGAAAGAAAGCGGAGAGAAAGAAGGGCAGAGAGGCAUGGGGAGGUGAAAGGGAGGUGGCAAAGUUUGAUAUUCUGGGUUCAAGUGAGUCAUGUUCUUGUGUGUCGCAAAAUCUCAUUCAAUUGCACUUUAAUAGCACAUGAAAAUGUUACUACUGAGUUUUUUUGUUGUUGCUGUUUGAGGUAAUUUUAUUUCUAUUUUAUUCUGAACUCUUAUUUUUAUUUGGCAUAAGUUCUGUUUGGUGGUUUUGAUUGCGUCUGAGGACAUGGGAGAAUGUCUCGCCUUUUUGAGGAGUUUUCACUCUGUUUAUGUUUCAUCUCAGACACAACACUCCGAUGCUGGCCAGCGUAACGGUCCCAGUUCUGCAGAAAAAAAAGCAAACACCACUGCAGGAGUUCAGGUCGAACACACUGAAGUGAAAAGGCAUAACAAUACACUAAACGGGUACUGUGAUCACCGCAAGUCAAAACCACCACACGCACAGUUUGAAGACGUGUGUGUAUGUGUGUGUGUGUCCGUGUGUGUGUCUGUGUGUGUGUCUGUGUGAGUGGUGAUGCUGCACUACUCUGGCAAAAAUUUCACCUGGUGUGCGUGAGUGUGUGUGAGUGUGUUUUUUUGUGUAUUAAUUUUAUUUUCUUCUGGCAUGGAGGUGUCGUUGGCGAAGCGCUCCCCGCUUCUCAUUAAGCUCUUUGCUGUUGUGUGUUCAGGGUAAAGCUGACUGACUGACAGACAAACUGAUGGCACUCAUGCAAUGCACAGCCUCCUUUUUUCACUUCCAAUCAAUCUGAAGUAUUUUCUAAAAAUGAAAAGACCUUUACAAAUUAUUAUAAUAAUUAUUAUUAUUAUUGUUAUUAAUAGAUUUUUUUCUUAAAUGUAGCUGGCAGUCUUUAAAACAUCUCUUGUUGAAAAGGUAUUUAAUUUAAAGUUGUUGUACAUUGUUCUGCUAUAGUUUUAGAACUUUAAUCCGUUACAUUUUUUUAAAUUAAUGAUUAUUAUUAUUAUUAUUUUGUUACUUUUUUUGUAAUGGGACCUGCUGUUGUUGCAUGAAGUCCAAACCUGUAUAUUUUAAAAUAGAAAUGUGAAUUUGCUGUAUUACUGUACACAUUGUAAUUGAUCAAAUAUUUGACAAUGGGCUUUUUGUUUUUUCCUUUUUUUUUUAUGUGAAUACUACUCCAGGGUGCGGUCUGUUGAAAAACUGAAUAUUAUUCUCACGACUAUGGAAAAAAUGCAUGAAAAUUUGAUUUUGUCUUAAACCUUUAAGUUGUGGUUUUUGCAUCAGGGGGAAAUGUUUGAACAGUUCUGACAGUGAAAAGAAGAUUUUUUUUUUCUAUUGGUCAUAGGUCUGUCGCUGGGCUCCUAGAAGAAUGUUACCGAA